UUUCUUAAUAAUUUAUUGAGGGAUUAAAAAAUUUCAGGGGUUUGAGGACAGAAAUUUUUCAUCACUAACAUAAUCAGAUAUACUACAUGAGAUUACAGAUUCCAUACGCGAAAUUCAAAACAUGUGGCAGAAUUGUAGCCAUCUGUUAGACAUGCAAAAAUCAGCAACGGUCACCAUCAUUUCUCCUCACCGUACUAAUGUCCAAAAAGCCUCAUGAACUCCAUACCUCAAAAGCUCAAACUGGGAAAACAGGAGUAAAUACACAGAAAGCAAACUAAAAAUCUAAUCACAUUAUCCUGAUGCAAUCCCACCCCUUCAUUGUCACUCAUCUAACGGCCACCAUUCCCUAAAAAUCCCAAACCAUAUCCAAGAAAAUCACCAAAAACCAGAACAAAAUUCACACUCACUCGCUUCACUUCAAACCGGUGAAGAAACAAAACCAUUAGAAUCUGAACCAAAAUGACGUCAAUUGCCCUCAAAACCUUCAUCGGCCUCCGUCAAACCACGCCGGAGACAAACUCCGUUACUCUCCCCAAAACCCUCUCCGCCACCGUCAAAACCCGGCGCGCCCGCGGGAUUAAUGCGGCCAAAACUAGCCCGAAAAUCACCGGCCGGAACCUCCGGGUGGCGGUCAUUGGCGGUGGCCCAGCUGGUGGUUCCGCCGCGGAGACGCUGGCGAAGGGCGGGAUUGAGACCUUCCUCAUUGAACGGAAGAUGGACAACUGCAAGCCCUGCGGCGGCGCUAUCCCGCUGUGUAUGGUUGGGGAAUUCGACCUCCCGCUUGACAUCAUUGACCGGCGAGUCACCAAGAUGAAGAUGAUUUCUCCGUCAAACGUUGCUGUUGACAUCGGACAGACUCUUAAACCCCAUGAGUACAUCGGAAUGGUCCGCCGGGAAAUCCUCGACGCCUACCUCCGGGACCGAGCAGCCACCGCCGGAGCCACCGUGAUUAACGGUCUGUUCCUGAAAAUGGAUCUGCCCUCUUCCCCAACAGCUCCCUACGUCCUGCACUACACCGACUACAACACGAAAACCGGCGGCGCCGGCGAGAAGAAAACAAUGGAGGUGGACGCCGUCAUUGGAGCCGACGGGGCCAACUCCCGGGUGGCGAAAUCAAUCAACGCCGGGGAUUACGAGUACGCCAUAGCAUUCCAAGAGCGUAUCAGAAUCCCGGACGAGAAGAUGAAGUACUACGAGAAUCUCGCCGAGAUGUACGUCGGCGACGACGUCUCGCCGGAUUUCUAUGGGUGGGUCUUCCCCAAAUGCGACCACGUGGCGGUCGGAACAGGGACCGUAACCCACAAGACCGACAUCAAGAAAUUCCAGCUGGCGACCCGAAUCCGGGCACAGGACAAGAUCACCGGAGGGAAAAUCAUCCGGGUCGAAGCCCAUCCAAUCCCGGAGCACCCACGACCCAGGAGACUCUUAGACCGGGCGGCACUCGUCGGCGACGCGGCGGGGUACGUCACGAAAUGCUCCGGCGAGGGGAUCUACUUCGCGGCGAAGAGUGGCCGGAUGUGCGCGGAGGCAAUCGUGGAAGGAUCAGAGAACGGGAAAAGGAUGGUGGAAGAGAAGGAUUUGAGGAAGUAUUUGGAAGUAUGGGACAAAACGUACUGGCCGACAUACAAGGUGCUGGACAUUCUGCAGAAGGUGUUCUACCGGUCGAAUCCCGCGAGGGAGGCGUUCGUCGAGAUGUGCGCCGACGAAUACGUUCAGAAGAUGACAUUCGACAGCUAUUUGUACAAGAAAGUUGCUCCUGGGAACCCAAUUGAGGAUCUAAAAUUGGCUGUGAAUACAAUUGGGAGUUUGGUCAGGGCUAAUGCUCUGAGAAGGGAGAUGGAUAAGCUUACAGUAUGAUUAUUAUGAGAAAAUUAUUUUGGAGAAAUUAGCAUUGAUAUGUAAUGAAAUUGAGGACUGUUUAAACUCUAAAUUGAUUCUACAGUUUUUUCAGUUGAUUCCUGUUCUUCAUUAUAUCCUUGUCCAUAAAAUACAUUGUAGUAGUAUAUAGCAAUGUUUUGUGAAUCCCACGUCGGUGGAUUUAGCUUUGUAAAAUCUGUUUAAAUCAAAGUUGUUUUGGGCAUGUCCUCCAAAUGCCAAAAGAGGAGACUUCCCAAAAGGACCAAAGGCGAAGAACCUUAACUGGACGGGCUUCGAUCCUGGGUUUAAGUCCAAGCGCCGAUGAACUGUCAUGCCUCGAACUAAAUUGUAGGGACUCCAUUGUAGGGAUUAGAAACUAUAAGGACUAAUUUGUAUUUUCAUAUUCUGCUAGGCUAUAAAUAGCCUUUGAGGGGUCUGAAAAACAUUAAUGAAAUUACACAAACUAAUUGGCCGAUAAUCCGCGAAUGUAGAUAUAGAACUUUUCUUUGGAAUUAAGGUGAUGUGUGUACUACCAAUAGCUCUUGGCAGCGGUGUUCCAGACAUGAAAUCCAGACAAGCCUCGAGUAAAUCAUCCUCAAUAACAUUCCAGCAAUGAACAUAGAAGCAACCGGCGAAACCAUCACUUCCCGGUGCACUUGAUUGAUCCAAACCAGUGACCGGAGCUUUUAAUUCAUCCUUUGUGAUAUUUCAUAGCAGU